AUGGACAAAUACAAGUGCAAACUUUGCAAUAGAAGCUUCAACAAUGGAAGAGCUUUGGGGGGUCACAUGAGAUCUCACAUGAUGAAUCUUCUUGUUACAAAACAAGAAGAUUCUUCACGGAUGAUUCAACUAAGUUUUGAAGCUGAAUCAGCUUCAUCUUCAUCAGACGAUGACGACGAUGAGAAAGGUCUUAAUUAUGGUCUUAGAGAGAAUCCAAAGAGAAGCAUUCGUCUUGUAGAUCAAGAGUUCUCUUUUCCACCGGUAGAUACAAGUUCUGUGAUUCUUCAGGAUAUAGAAAGCGAAACUGAAUCGUCGAAGAACAAUCCCACUCGCAAAAGAUCUAAAAGGGUGUGGAAAAUCCGUCACUUUGAUCAAAAGUAUUACGAUGAAUCUAGUACGAAGAAAGUGAAGUUUUUAAAUAAGAAUAAUUCUUCUUCUGUUGUUGAUCAUGAACCGGGUAGCUCGGUUUCUGAUACAACAGAAGAAGAUGUUGCAUUUUGUCUAAUGAAAUUGUCGAGAGACAAAUGGGAUAGACAAAAUGAACAAUACAAGGAGGAGGAAGAAGAAGAAUUUGAUGAUGAGUACGAUCUUGAAAUGGAAGAAGAUGAAGAUGAAGAAGACGAAGAAAUUGAAAGAUCUUUAGACGAGUCUGACGAAUCUCAAGAGCUGAUAAAAGUGACCAAGAGUAACAAUAAAGUACGCAAAGGAAAAUACAAAUGCGAAACAUGUAACAAAGUGUUCAAAUCAUAUCAAGCAUUGGGCGGUCACCGAGCGAGUCACAAGAAGAUUAAAACAAACACAACAUUAGAAGAAUCGUCGCCCGAAUUUGAUGUUGUCGAAAAGAAAAUUCAUGAAUGUCCGGUUUGUUUCCGAGUUUUCAAUUCAGGACAAGCACUUGGUGGACACAAAAGAACUCAUGUGAUGCAUGGAUCAACAACAUCAACAACAAUUCCAAUUUUUAGUACAAAAAAAGUUGGAAAAAGUGUUAUAGAUCUUAAUCUUCCUGCACCAAUUGAUGACGAUGAGGUUAGUCAAAUUGAGAAUUCUGCUGUUUCAGAUGCUGAAUUUGUCAAAACUCGUUAG